AAAACUGUUUUUUUAUUUUUAAAUAGUGCACAUAGACUUUCGUGUGCCGAAAGGGUAACACAUUGUGCACAGACUGGAAGACUUCUUCGUGUUGAGGUCUUUGACCGUGCACAUCUUGUGGUAAUUGUUUUAAUCGCGAAUCUAUUCAGGUACUAAAUGCACACGAUAUAUGCUUCACGAUGAAGGGCUUUUUUGUGGUUUGCAUUUCCCUUCUUUGCGCUGUGAAGGGCGCCCUUUCUAAGGGAGUCUAUACCCCUUUGAGACGUAUUUCCGCCGCUGAUGCCAGGGCUUUGAUGACUCCUACUUUUAAGCAGGCUACUGCUGAAGACCCAAGCGGCCACUUAAUGAACCGUACCCUUGUUGAAUGGAAAUAUGAUUACUACAAGCACAUCAGGCCCAUUAUUCAGUUCAAUCUUUUCGGCGAGUUUUGUGAAUUCUCCAAGAAGAGGAUGACUGACGUCUCUUUGGUCUUUACCACUGUUGAGACUUGCUCUGUCAAGGGUUACUACGGUUGCGGUGACCCUACUAUCGUUGUCAGCUUGGAGAAGUUCAGCGUUGACAGGGGACAGAGGAUGUAUAACAAGGUUGUUGUUGACUCAGUAAAGACUCCUGAUAUCAACAUGAUUGGUCACCGUUUCAGGAUUAGAUUCCCUAAUGUCAUUAAGGAGGAAAAGAUUGACCCUAAGCAGUUUAACGUCAGGAUUGAGGGACAAUACUACUGCUCCUACAAGUUUAUUGUUGAGCUUGAGGAACCUAACAGCUACUUUGACGCUGUGCCUGCCGCUACAUAACUUUCUCACCUUUACGUAGUCCACUAGGAUAAAUGCUAUGAAAAUUCCAACAGCAUCUCUGGACUUAAAAAUAGUCACUAAUAAAUAUAAUAUUUGAUUCUUUUA